CCAGCUCCAUUCCUUGACGUGCUGCUAACUGCAGCCUCAUCCGCACCCUCUCUGCCUGGCACCCUUUCAUUCAUACCCUCUCACGAUUCGCCGCUCGCAACGCGGCAACAGAUUCCAUCCAGAUCCAUUGGUGGUCAGUCGGUAAAAGCGCACCGUGCUGAACCGGCCUACAUCUCUCUCCAUCGCCUGUGGCCGAAAGCCAGUCUGGCGCAAUGCUCGGCCUCUUGAGCCGCGUUCGUCCGCCUACCCAGGAGUUUGAUCGUGAAUCUUCAGCAGAUGCUCUCCAGCCAGCCAGUGGCUAUGCAGCCCGCACAUCAUCCAGUGCAUAUGCAGGCGAAUCCAGUCCAAGCGCCGGAGCAGCGCCGGCUCUACCUACAUCGUUCGAAACCAGCGCUGGACAGGCUGGCAACGCUCUCGCCGUCCCCGACUCAGCCACGACCUCGCACCUACCCAAUGCCAACGCCAACACCACUAGCAGCGGCAACCGGCGCCAACUGAACUUUUCCGAGGCAUCCACCGUCUCCCCACCCACUCAGGAGCGGCGUGGUAGCCACGGAAGGGAGGCCUCCGGGCGGUCCAUCCGCUCCGCUCUCUCCGCCAUUUCGCUCGCCAACCUGCGAGAACGCGAUCGUGAGGCAAUGCUCUCCACCAUCGAGAGGCGCCACGUGCAGGUGUCAUUGCACAGACCGCAGCAGCAGAUGAACGGCGAUGAUCCGCUCGCGCUAAUGGAGGCUGGUUUCGCCGACCGCCCGCCUUUUCCCUUGCAGAUGAUGCGGCAGCAACUGGCGAACGGCGGAGCAGCAGCAGGCGCCGUUGCCGCCGUGCCACCGUCUGCGUCCGAGCUGGCGGUCCAAUCCGCGCUCUUGGGCCCGGCAGGCCGCUCUCAGGUAGUAGCGUCGGAACGCAAGCGCCAAGCGAGCAGGCGCGAGCGCGACGAAGCUGCCACGCUAUUUGGGCCGACGCUGAGUAAUUACUUUGGCACUGGAAGCUCCUCGAGCGGGGCCGUCAACGGGCGGAGCUUUAGCACCGUCGUCGGGUCCGGCGGGACCGCUAUCGGCGCUGCCGGCGGCUCACCGGCCGCAAAUGCGAAUUUGGCUUCGCCGGGUCUGGCUGCAGGGGGUGCAAGCGGUGCGUUCGGCUCGCGGUGCGCACGCCUCGGCAGUCGAGGACGUGCACGCGGCGCCUCCUUGAGUGGCCUCAGCAUGGUGUCACUAGGAGCAGCUACGGACAGUGGCAGCUCCAACUUGGUGCAAGGAGUAGGGAUAGAGGCUGCAGCGGGCGUCGCCGUUACUUCCGCAGUGCCAACCGACCUUGAGCCACCGAGCAUCGUCAGCGGGCAGCAGGAGCGCGACGAGAACGUCAGCAUGGCGGAUGGGAUCGAGCUGGGCACGCUGGCGCGAUGGGUAGAUCGGACUGUGGGCUUGUUGCCCGCGCUCGGCGCUACCUCCCCUAUUCCUCCUCCUUCUACUGCUCCUGUUGCUCCGGCUACAACGGAAGCUCUGGACACUCGCAGAUCCCCGGCGAGUGCUCUGCGGUCGGGCGCUGUGGGUGCCACUGUCGCGCUGCCCCCCGCGCCAGUGGUCUGCACGACAUUGCAGUCGUACGUGAACCUCAAACGCAAUACCGUCCGCUUGGCGCCGAGCGUGCAUGCUGCCCGUGCGCCGCACAGUUCAAAGGCAGCAACGGUAGCAUUGGCGCCGAAGACGAACGGUGCGCCGGCGGCGUCGGGCAGGACGCCGGUCAUUGGAGCAGGGCCAUUGUCGAGCGACGCCACCGCCGUGGCUGCCGGCCUCCCGCCGCCGACACAUACGCUGCAGUUCGAAUACGACUGCGCGGCGCCGUUCGCCUCGGUGCACAUCUUCCUGCGCGCUUCGCGCAAGCACGGAUCCUGGGCAAGCUACAUCCCGCGUGCGGCGGAAGAGGAUGUAAAAAAUGGUGCUGAGGAAUGGCAGGCAGGCGGCGCGAGCGGGCCAGAGGCGGAAAAGUACCUAGGGGAGCGCGGGAUGCCGCCGCAGCAUGUCUUGGGCUUCCUUGUUCAUGGGGCUACCCUCAAGAAAGGCUUUGCGGCCAAAGCGCAAGCCGACCUUGCGCUGCGCUUGAGCCUCUUUGCGCCCCCGAACUGGGCCAGGAAGGACGAGGCCAGCGGGGACAUCAGCAAGGCUGCCCAGGCUCGUGUGGACGCGAACGCGGUCUAUGCACCCAUCUCGCCCACCUCAGCAGGUGUAGGCAACACUGCAAAUAUGCUCCCGCCAGCUACUCCCGUCGUGUCCCCCGAGACACCCGCAAUGCCGCAGCAUCCCAACGCGCCUCUGAGCAAAGAGGAACGAGCAGAACGUGCGGCAAAGGAGAAGGCCGAGAGGGAGACACUCAAGAUGGCCAUCAUCGUCGAAGCGCUGGAUGAGGAUUGUAAACCAUUGCGCGAACCGAAUUUGCAGACAUCAUACCUGCGCGUCAGCUCAUUGCCGGCGCGACAUCCGGACGGCACAGUCGUUGAUGCUGGGGACCGAGUGUGGAGCUUACAGGUCGAAGGCCAAGAAGCAGAGAUCGGUCCUCGUCGAUUUCAGCUGCAAGAGCUAUACGGUCUCUCAUCCAAGCCGCCGCCGGUAUCAGUCCAGAAUACAGACAAUGCAGAGCAUCCGGAAGAUGCUGCCGGGAACGGCGAGGCAGGUAUCGUCGAAGACGCAGGCACUCCCUUGGUCGCGGCCGAUCUCGACGUGUCUAACGGGUCCGAAUGCCUCAUUUGUCUCUCCGACCCGCCAACUACGCUUUUACUUCCCUGUACGCAUGGACUGUGCCUGCAAUGCGCAAUACAACUCCGUGAAAGCGUGAAGGGCAUCAGAGAUUCGGAAAGGCGAAGAGGGAAGCCCCCAAAGCGCAAGUACGCCUGCCCUGUCUGUCGAAGAGUGUACACCUCGAUGCUCCACAUCAGCACCGCGGACGAGAAACAUGUCGCUUAGCAAGCGGCCACUGCCUAAGCGCUUCCUCGGGUCUCACAUCCCAUCGCCGCAACGGCUUCGCCCAAGCUCUGCUGCCCUUGCGUUUUGUUCACUCCUUUCAUGAAUCCAGCAUCUUCACAUUCUGUGUACUCGAUUC